ACCCAUAGAGUAGACAGCCUUUCUCUGUAGCACACACAGACACACAGACCAGAACAGACUGGGGGAAAGAGAGAGGGAAACAGACGCACUGCAAAAUCCAGACGCAUCAACAGCCACCCUAGCAGCUCAAACCACCACAGCAGAUGGGGCCCGGAUUGUUUUGGAACUUCUCUUCAAAGGCUAACUGCUCGGUGCCGCAGAGCCUGCUGCAGACCAUGUUGCUCUCCAGGAUGGCUGGGAUGAAGGAGCAGCAAUUUACUGAGGAGAAACCCCUACUGCAAGAACAGAGAGGACAAGACACUGAGAUGGAGAACUGUGAGACCCUGAUGCCCACUGGAGACUGGAAGGAACAUGACAUUGAGACUCCUUAUGGGAUGCUUCAUGUGGUGAUUCGUGGUGCACCCAAAGGAAACAAGCCUGCCAUCCUCACCUACCACGAUGUUGGGCUUAACCACAAGCUGUGCUUCAACAGCUUCUUCCACAAUGAGGACAUGCAGGAGAUCACCAAGCACUUUGUGGUGUGUCAUGUGGAUGCUCCUGGACAGCAGAUUGGAGCCUCUCAGAUGCCACAGGGGUACCAGUACCCCACCAUGGACCAGCUGGCAGGCAUGCUGCCCAGCGUAGUGCAGCACUUUGGAUUCAAGAGCAUUGUGGGCAUUGGAGUUGGAGCUGGCGCCUACAUCCUGGCCAAAUUUGCUCUGGUCUUCCCUGACCUGGUGGAGGGCCUGGUGCUGCUCAACAUCGACCCCAACGGGAAGGGCUGGAUCGACUGGGCCACCGGCAAGCUGUCUGGUCUCACCAGUGCUCUUCCAGACACUGUGCUGCCCCACCUCUUUAGCCAGGAGGAGCUGAUGAACAACACAGAGCUGGUCCAGAGCUACCGUCAACAGAUCAACAACACCAUCAACCAGGUCAACCUGCAGCUCUUCUGGAACAUGUACAACAGCCGUAGGGAUCUGGAGAUGAACCGCACCGGGACCAUCAUCAAUGCCAAGACCCUGAAGUGCCCCGUCAUGCUGGUUGUUGGUGACAACGCUCCAGCUGAGGAGGGAGUGGUCGAAUGCAAUUCCAAACUUGACCCAACCAACACCACCUUCUUAAAGAUGGCUGAUUCUGGUGGACUCCCUCAGCUCACACAGCCUGGAAAACUGUCCGAAGCAUUCAAGUACUUCCUCCAGGGGAUGGGCUACAUUGCGUAUGUGAAGGAUCGGAGGUUGAGUGGAGGGCCAGUGCCCUCUGCCAGUAUGACCCGUCUGGCCCGCUCCCGGACUGCCUCCCUGACCAGUGGCAGCUCCAUUGAGAGCUCUCGUAUCCGGGGUUUUACACACACUGACAGCAAUGAGGGGCAGGUCAGCCACGCCAUGGAAGUGUCUUGCUGAACCCCCACACACACACAGACAGACGUGGGUUGGAGAUAGGGACAGAUAGAGAGAGAGGGAAAGAGUGUGAGAGAGAGAGAGAGAGAGAGGUAGAGAGAGAGCGAGAGAGAGAGAGAGAGAGAGAGAGGAGAGAGAGAGAGAGAGAGAGAGAGAUAGGAGUUUCUACUUUUAAAUGGUUGGUGGAGGAUGUCUUCUCUAUCUAUCUCUCUGUCUUUGUUGUAGUAUUACCCCAAAUCCCUCAGUAUUUGACAACUUCUGUCACCUCCUCCCCUCAUUGUAAAAACUGACACCAACGUAUUACUCUUUCCCUUAAACUUCGUUAGCAGUUUUGCUUUAGUGUGUCAUUUGUGUUUUGCUCAGUGUCUUCUCCCCCUUUGCCUUUUCCUCCCCUUGCCCUAAACCUGCCCCCCUCCUCCCUUCACUCACACCCUGAGCCCCAUCUGCCCACUGCCCCGCUCAUCCUUCCACUCAGACCAUGAGCCCCAUCUGCCCCCUGGCACCCCUCCACUCAGACCCCUCCCACACCCAUCCGCUUGUCUGCUGACAAUCUCUGUGAGGUGAUCAAUGAUGGUAGUUAAGUGGGUUGUAUGUAGUCAGUGAAGGUCGUUGGUCAUUGGAGAAAAGACAUGCUAGCAAGAGGACAUGUUGUUGUAGUUGGUACUAUUCAUGCUAUUUGUCUUGAACGACAGGACAGCAGAGAUUAUGGGCCUUUGUCUGGGAGGUCCCAGAUUUGACAGAAAGCAGCACACAACCUAUUAUAUUUUAGAGAGUUUUACAUCACACAGUGGAUAUGCUUCUCUAACUGAAGGAUGCAUCAGUGUCACAGGCACUAGUAUUCCCACAUCACAUCCCAUGCCAUGUGGCUUUCCCAUUGAUUGUCAUACAGAAGCAUAAAUUAACCUAGUGUGCUUCUAUAUACCCAUAUAGCCACUAGUAGGAGCAUCCAUUCCUAUAUAGUUAGUGUGUCCACAGUCAUCUCCACCUCCCCAACAUGGAAGUGGUUCUGCUGAGGAUCGGUUCUUAAUGGUCUCCCAAAUGACAAUCACAUUUUGACCCAAACCAAACCAGACCUAGGCGCCAAGGCAGAAUCCGUUAGAUGUGAGAUAUUCUUCUCUCAUGUCAGCACCACAGGACGGGACUAUAGCUGGCCUCUCCUUCUACAGCACUCAGCCCCACACAAAGAAUAUACCAAAGCUACACACACACACUUACCUAUGAGGGCUGGGCUCUGUAAGGGAACCGAGCCAAAGUAUAUCGGCACUUCUUGACACAGUAGCACAAAACACACGCGUGCCCACACAAACGUACGCAUACACGCAAACACACUGUCAAUGUGUCAUCACAAAACAAAUGUUAUUGUAUUUACAUCCAUACCCAUGCAUAACUUACAUAGAGAAUCAAUAUCCUAACAUCCCACAGACCUCUUUUUGGUCAUUGUGACUGGAGAGGCUAGGUGUGUGCUGCUAGCUGCUGAGAUGGACUACCCAUUGAGUCAGGCUAGUCCUUUGAGGAACUGGGGUCCCUGACAAUUUGCACAGUCAAAUUUUUAUUUGCAUUCCUUAUUUUCAGUAACAACUGCUCCCUGUCGUCUAUUUGAAUGUCAAUCUCUCUGUUUCCCCCAACAGGGGUGAAGUGGGAUAACUACUACCGCAGGGGUGCUUCCUGGGACUGUCUGUAAGGGGCAAGGCUUUUCUGGAGCCUUUUGCUCCAAGCUCGGAAUGUAGGGCAACACCCACCCCCAACCACCUCCAACCAAAACCACAAGCUUCCCCGCCCCUCACAGACACAUCCAGUCGUGCCAAAAGGGCUAUCAGCUGAGGUCACUUUUCUGUUCAUAGUGCUGCCUAGCAACAGUGUGCCAAUGUGCAAGGGACCCCAGGGGGGCUGCAGCGAAGAUUGUAGGAAAGAGCGAGGGAUGAGGAGAGAUUCUAUCUGGAUGAAUGAGGCAUUUUCAUUUGUGAAGAUGCAGAGUGUGAGAGCGAUGGGUCUACAAAAUGUUCUGAAUGGGGGAUAAUAGAGGGGUGAUAAAACAUGUAAAAUGGGCUUUGGUGAGAGGAUAUUGGGACAAGUCAUAACAACAAACACUCCUUUCUACUCCUCCAAUCUGUUUGCAUGCACUGGAGUGUGAUAUUCAACGUUGUGAAUUUCAUGAAUUUCAUUAAUUUUCUCUCUGUAAGACUACUGUUGCUGUCAUUUUGCCCUCUUCCUCAGUCUCAAACAUACUGCCUAGGGGGCCCUGAAUGUAAUUUGCCCCAUUGAAGUGCUGUACAGUAUAGUCAAAGUGCCCCCUUCCACGCACCCACCGCCAUUACCCCCUAAGGGCUUGUACCUGCUAUCCUGACCACCCUACCCUACACCCCAAAUCCUUCCACAUCUUCCUUGCACUGUAGAUACUCACUGUUUUUAGAGCAGGCUAACUGAAAGAGCACUCCAACACUAUUGUAUUGUGACACAUUCCGCAUUUUGGUUCAUCUUUCCUUGAGUUCCUCUUUUUAUAUAACAAUAGAAUGGAGUUAUCUGUGGUAUUAUUGGUCCUCGUGUAUUAUCAUUACCACAGUAUUAUUGAUUGAUUUAUAUUGAGGAAAAAGUUGUUUUCUGACUGUUUGUUUUCACAGGAGUCUCCCCAGCAUUGUUUCUGUUCACAGAGAUAGUAGGGUUGAAUCUUACCUGCUUCGUCAUAAAAUGUGAAAUGUAAAGUUGAAAUAUAUGUACUGUAAGUGGUCUCUGUCCAUGUAUUGAACAUGUAAUGAAAAACAAAUAAAAACUGUCAGCAUAGUCACAUGUUUAA